GCAACGACGCGGCCGCCAAUGGCGCUAGUGAGUUUCGAAGGAGGCUGGGGACGCUGGGUUUUAGAAAAUUGUAUGGAAUUUAUCAAGUGUUCGGGACAGUUGAAAAUUAAAUCGAGUAAUUAGUGAUUGAGGUGUACCCCGAGUCAUUCUGGACUCGUGUUGAUAUUCAUCCUUCCUCACUCCAAUAAUCAAGAUGGUGAAAGGUCGAAGAAAACGUACGGCAGCCCCCAGUUUGAUUCACACGAGAUCGACAGCCCUCCACGGGGCGAACGGAGUCCUCGUGUCCCCCAUGAGGAAGGGAAUCAAACUUGAGAAGAAAACGGACGGAAAAAUGAGAGAAAUGAGCCCCGGAACUCGAGGAAUUGCGUCAUACCUGUCACCUCCAUCAUCUGGCAUCGUAAAUGCAGAAAGGACGAAGAUCGUCCAACAAGUGACGAGCCAUAUCAUUACAGAAAGUGAACUCUACAUCACAGACAUUCAGGUGAAGAAUGAGACUGAAGAGUUCUCAGGAAUUUCAUCGAUUACCCCCAUGAAGGAGCUCUUCAAGACAGAUGAGACUCCAGUUCAUGUACCAUGUGAAGAUCCGCCUACUCCCCAUCGAAUCAAUAUGCCAAUUGUACAGAGUGAUGACUCGGACAGGAGUUCGACCGAGGAUGAUAAGAAACAUCUGAUUGUCUCACCAGUACUGGCCAAACCGUUGGGAAAAAAAAUUGGGGGAAAAGGAAGGGGAAAACUCAAGGCUAAUGGGGGUAAUCAACGUCUUGCGGAUCUUAAUGGCCCUAAUCACAAGGUCACAGAGUACUUUCCGGUCAGAAGGAGUGUUCGUAAAUGUAAAAAGACUGUUUUAGAAGAGAAACAAAGGGAUCUUGAGAGCAAGGUCAUUCGCCAAGCUGAGGAGGGCUUGGAGAAAAAGUAUUUUGUGGGGAAAGGAAGAGGAGUCGUGACAACUCGGGAAUUCACAAAAGGUGAAUUUGUGGUGGAAUACGUAGGAGAGCUCAUCGAUCAAGUCACAGCGAAGAAACGUGAGGCUGAAUAUGCCAAAGAUCAAAGUACCGGGUGUUACAUGUAUUAUUUUCAACAUCGUGGACAUCAGUAUUGCGUUGAUGCAACAGCCGAGAGUGAUAAACUCGGAAGACUCGUCAAUCACUCACGCAAUGGUAAUUUAAUAGCUCGAGUCGUUGAAGUUGACACAAUACCCCAUCUCGUCUUGACUGCUAAAGAGGACAUACCAAUAGGCAUUGAACUGACGUACGACUACGGUGAUCGUAGUCGAGAGUCCAUCAGGAACCAUCCCUGGCUUGCAUUAUAACCCACCCACCCAUCAUUGUAGAUAAUUCAUGAAAUAUUUGGAUAAUGACACUCUUCAUCAAUCCCCCCCCCCUCCCCUCAUGUUAAUUCCGGUGAUUCAAUAGAAUUUUUCUCUCACAUCUAGAUAGACUUUCACUGCCUUUGAUGAUAAUUGUUACGAUUUAAUAUUAUUGUUUUUUAAUUUGAGUGGAUUUUGCGAUGGUAAGACAGAGGUGGGAUAAUGAAUUCUCGUAUUCAAUUUUGCGUUGUGAUUCGUCCAUUGGGAUUUGCUCGCCUGAGAAAUUUUCAGAGCUGGCUGGAGUCAAAAAUGAUUGCGUUUUCAUGAAAUAGUCCCCAGCUCUGAAAUUAUCCGAUAAAAAGAAUUCGCCCAAUAAAAAGAAAUUAAACAACACGUGGCAUUUGACCCACAUGUGGGAAAAAUAAAAUUGGCAAAACCGAUGACAGAUAACUUGGGGGCCCUACCGAAACAUCGGGCAUAAUUAAUUUGCUAAUCAAUAUCAUGAGAUGAAACUCAUUCAAUCAGAACACGACGAAUACUUAGUAUUAUAGACCGUCGGGUAUUUAAUGAUCAAGCAAUGACCCUUGAUUUUACAAUGCACACCUGCACUUUUAAUCCCUCACUCUGAUAUAAUUUUAUUCCGUGUAUUCAUGACUAGAUAUUCGUAAUUCAGCGCUCGAGGUGGGAAGCCGAUGAUUAAUUUCAUUGCUAGUACACUGCCAAAAAAAUCAUCGUGCUUCAGAGAAGAAUAAAUUAUUGUUAAUCCACAGGAAAAAGAAUUUUUGAAUUUAAUUUUUUUGUCGACGUCUUUUUACAGAUUCAAAAAUAUUUGAGUAGAAUGAAACUUUGUUUGACUUUCAAACAUAAUUGAUAUUUUGCCAAAUUUUUCGUUUCAUUUAGACGUCUUUAGUUUCUGAAUAAAAUGAAUAAUUAUUUGAAUGUAAAAUAUGAGUUAAAAUGUCCAGGUAAUUUUUAUUUCCUUCAGACUUGCUUUCAAAUCUGAAACAUAUCUACAACAGUCAUGUGAAAUGAAGAAAUUUUUUUUUCGGUGGAUCGCAUGUGUUGAUCUCUUCCUGGGCAAUUAUUUAUUGUUCACGUCUCAAAUGUAUUGCCCGCUGUUGACACAUUUGACUUAGUUAAUUGUCCCCUCACCUGCUUCUUAGUUAAUAGUAUAGAUGUAUUUUACCUGGCAGAGGAGCGUCUUUGCUGCCUUGAAACAACUAGUAAUUUGAAUAAUAAAUUGAAAGAAAAAAAUCAGCCGGAGCGUAUUCAGAUCCCGAAGAAAUUUCAUUGUAAAUAAAGAGUGGAGAUCUGAAAUGUGAAACAGUUCUUGCAUUGGGGAAACCAUAAAUUCAGACAUAUUUUAUUGAUAAUUCUGAAGGGGUGUGGAAGGAAUUUUAUACAGGGGGCUUAUAACAAACUUUCUCUUUUAGAUGAACAUAUUGGUUUCCGGUGAAUUGAUGACUACGUAUUACAUAUUUUACUGGAUGACUGUUGUUCUGUGCUGAAUUAUGUUUUCUUUAAUAAAGAACGAAUGUAAGAAAAAUGAUAAAUGAUCAAUAUAUCUCCCAAUAAUUAUUUUAUUGUUAUCAAUUAAUUUUUUUAUGAAUUAAUAUUUUUAGAAUUAUUUCGUUUUAUUGUGAACUAAAUUUUUUUUUCAAUAAAAAUGUUUCUUUACGACAAAUUCAAUUUUAAAACGAA